AGUUCUCUGCCCUUCUGUCACAUUUCCAGACUGUGCGGAGCGACGUGAACUGGGAAGCACUCGAAACUCUUCUCGUGCAACGACGACAUAGCAGAGUCUUUUUUACCCGAAAAGCUGCUGGGUUUUUAUUCCGAGUUGCAGAGCUUUUUAAAACGACGCGUGUUUAGUGUUUUUAAGGAGUAGCGUUAGCCUGAAGCGCGUAGUAAACACCGCACCAUGACUGCCGAGGAGCAGACGGCCGAAGGCCAGCACGUCCCCAUGCAGGGCGAGGACGUGACGCCCAAGAAGGACGGAGGGGUUGUAAAGCUGAUCAAGAGGGAGGGUACAGGCACAGAGCUCCCUAUGACUGGAGACAAAGUGUUUGUCCAUUAUGUGGGUACGCUUUCAGAUGGCACACAUUUUGACUCGAGCAGGGACAGAGGAGAGAAGUUUUCUUUUGAGCUGGGCAAAGGACAAGUAAUUAAGGCAUGGGACACUGGCGUGGCUACAAUGAAAGUGGGAGAGUUGUGCCAGCUUACCUGUAAACCAGAAUACGCUUAUGGAUCUGCAGGCAGUCCACCCAAGAUCCCUCCAAAUGCAACUCUGAUUUUUGAGGUGGAAUUGUUUGAAUUUCGAGGGGAGGACAUAACUGAAAAUGAGGAUGGCGGAAUCAUCAGACGCAUCAUCACUAAGGGGGAGGGAUACUCCAAGCCUAAUGAAGGAGCUCUAGUUGAGGUCACUGUGGAGGGUACCUACGAUGAGCGCACAUUUGACGAAAGAGAACUGAAAUUCGAGGUUGGCGAUGGAGAGAAUCUUAGCCUGCCACCUGGAGUGGAGAAGGCUAUCACGGCUAUGGAGCAGGGCGAGGAGGCAACCUUCACUAUUAAGCCUAAAUAUGGCUUUGGGAAUGUGGGAAAUGAAAAGUUUAACAUUCCUGGUGGAGCAACAUUACAGUACAAGAUCAAGCUGACAGCCUUUGAGAAGGCGAAAGAAUCAUGGGAAAUGACAUCACAAGAAAAGCUGGAGCAAAGCAGCAUUGUCAAAGAGAGGGGAACCCAAUAUUUUAAGGUGGCAAAAUAUAAGCAGGCAUCUGUACAGUACAAAAAGAUUGUUUCAUGGAUGGAACACGAGGCUGGUUGGUCAGCUGAAGAUCAAGUGAAAGUGAAGGCAUUGCAACUGGCUGCACAUCUAAACCUGGCCAUGUGCUACCUUAAAAUGCAUGAACCAAACCAAGCCUUCGAAAGCUGUGACAAGGCUCUGGAGAUGGAUUCCUCCAAUGAGAAGGCUUUGUUCCGAAGGGGAGAGGCGCUCUUUGGUAUGAAGGAGUUUGACAGAGCAAGAGAUGAUUUCCAGCGAGUUGUUCAGCUGUAUCCUGCCAACAAAGUGGCCAAGACCCAGGUGGCCGUCUGUCAGAAACGUAUCAAGGAGCAGCAUGAGAAGGACAAGCGCAUCUAUGCUAACAUGUUCCAGAAAUUUGCAGAGAGAGAUUCAAAGAAAGAAGCAGAGAAGAUCAAGAGCAACAUUAAGGAGAAAUGCAGUGAGGAAAUGGAGGUUGAAAAUGGAGAAAAGGAAGUUCCAUGUCAAGCGACCGCAUAAAUGAAGAUGCAACUGUCAAGUGGUGCAACUGUACUUAAACUUAAAGUUUAAGGUGUGUGUGUUUGCGCGUGUGUGUAUCGUGUGAGAAUGAGAGUAUCUCUGAGAGCACUGAUCUUGGGUGAGUCUUUUGAGUUUGUUUGUGUCCAGGCUUUUUGGUGUGGCAGCUAGCUGAGUGAGUGGGGCUUCCUCAGCUGAUGGCUCUGUGAGAAGUGGAUUUAAUAAGUGAAUUCUCUCUGUCACAACCCUGGCUCUGAAACUUGUCAACCCCCCAGCUUUGAACUGUGUAUGUGAAUUUAAUUUUUUUUGUUCCAGAAUUAUGUAGGAACCAAAGUGCAUCCCAUGUAUUUAAAUGUAGAAUUUCGAAACCCACACCCAUGAAGGGCUAGACCAAUUUACCUUGCACUACCUUAUGUCCAAUACGCCACUUCAUAUCUUUUUGAUAUCCAUCCAAGCCUCUUCAUGGGCCUACUGAUCAAUUCCUGGCAUUGUGUUCAUAAAUCUGACAUGUUUUGAAUGUUGGUGCCUGUGUCUCAAAGUAGGUAUACUGUAGCAGGACUGUGGUUAGGUGGAGUAACAGGAUGUCCAGGAACAGCUGUCAGACUUGGAGCUGGAUUGAGCUCUCUUAUUGCCCCUAGGUUACAGGACUGUUCACUAUUGCUCUGGAAAUAUUGACUGUUUUCUUUCUCUUGUAUUGUGCUUGUCAUUUUCUGUUGCUCAAACUGAAUUGAAAAAUGCAAUUAAACUGGAAUAUUUGCAUCAAAAAGCAGCUACAGUAUAAAAGAUCUCUCAUGGACACGCUCAAGCAAGAGUUUUUUUUUUCCUUUUUUUUUUUUUAAGUGUUUGUCUGAAUUUGUUCAUAUACAUGUUGUCUGAUUCAGUUUAAGAGUGUACACCAGAAGAAAAAUGUGACCCCUGUUAAUUUUAGUAAACAAUGCCUUCUGUAACAAAGACUGAAUUGGAUACCUCCAUUUAAAAAGGUGUCUUGUUUUAUCUUUGUUGGGAAAAAUUCACUUCUUGGUGUAACCUGACAAAACGAUUUAAUAAAGAGUAACUUGAAA